CCCUUAUCAGUAUUAAAUAUUUUAUUUUCACCCUCUCUUCUUCUCUCUGUUUGUUUUAUGGGAAAAUCACUUCCUUCGACGACAAGCCUCCAACAAUUGACCAAAAUUAUCACCCCGGCCAGACUCCAAACGCCUAAACGCGUGAAAUCCAUAUCACGGAUCCGGGCAUCGUCCCCAGAAACAGGGAAACCCAGGUUUGUUCGAGUCGACUCAGAUCGAGUAAAAGAGCAGAAGUUGAUGGAGAGCUCAGAGGGGCAGCAGAGUCAAAUUCGGAUGCCGCUGGCCCAGGUCGUCUCGGACUGUGCGAAGCGAUGGUUCCAGGACGCGCUCAAGGAGGCCAAGGCCGGUGAUAGCGCUAUGCAGGUCCUUGUCGGCCAGAUGUACUACAGUGGCUAUGGUGUCUCCAGAGACCCUCGAAAGGGACACACUUGGAUUAAUAGAGCUUCAAAAAGUCGGGUUUUAGUUUGGAACGUAAGCGACAAACAACCAGGUUACAAUGCAAGUGACUCAGAUUCGGAUGGAUUGAAGGGUGAUGAAAAAUAAGUCAAAGGUGAUUUUCUGUUCAACGUGCCAGUGGAAACUGAAAACUGAAUUCCUGGGUUGUGACAAGUUCCAAGCUAACCAGGUUUAAUUGACAGUCUAAAGGUUGAUUUUGGUGCUCUCUCUCUCUCUCUCUCUCUCUCUCUCUCUCUGUGUAUGUUACGUAUUUAUAUAUUGACUUAAGGUUGCGUAGAUAUACCUUCAUUCCAUUUCGGUUUCGUCCUUUAUUUAGCAUUUCCACACUCAUGGCGUAUUUUGUUGCAAUUUUACAGUUAAUGAGGCUGAUGUUGAUCCUAAAUGACAAAGUUGCAAAAAUUAUUACACGAUGUGGUGGGUGAAAUUUUUGAAUGGACUUGCUCGGUAUCCAUUGUAGUAACUGCCUACCAUAACGAGGAUAUAUAAAGUUUACUUUAAAUGCAUAAGAGAGCCCUAACGUAAGUAAAAGCAAGGAAGCCUCUUUACACAAGGAACUCGAGCUCGUCUGGUGAGGGCAAUUUCAUCUACCUUGGCAUCUCCUUUCUCCAUUCCCAUGGCUUCUCAGGAUUUGAUGAGGCCCAGCGGCUAACUCGCUAAUUAGCUCGAUCUUGUUUUUCCCACUGUUGUCAUACGUAAUAGAGGUUUAGGGUAGAGAGGCUUAAAACUCUGAAAGAACAAGUGAAACAUAUGCAUGGCUUACUCAAAUUACCAUUAAUUUAGAAUCAUCUACUAAAGCGACUACAGCUGCUGGGAAUGUCCUGCUAAGAACAUUAUAACGAGGCUGCAAGAAGCCAAUUUCUAACUCGCACCGUUGGCAGGCUGAGCUGCCUAAUCGCACUCCUGAGGGAAAAUCCAUCACCGGAGCUUUUAAUCUGACAGGAUAUUGUUAG